GAAACAAGUCCGUUUAAAAAGGGCAAUUCGUUGUCGUCUUUAUCAACGGAAAAACAGUCACGUAAGGAAGAUGCAAAAAAUUCGGAUGAUGAGAGUAAACUUAAUGAAUCGACCGAGCAAAUGGUGAAAGGGGAAGAAGUCCGUGUUGUUCCGCCUACCGGCGGACAUCGUCGACGAAGACCGCAAACAAUGCGGAAACACACGAACGCUAGACAGAGGAAUCGCAGAAUAUCUUCGUCAGAUGAUGAAUCUUCUAAAGACGAUAAAAAUGAAGACUCCGUUGAAUCAACCCAGAGCAUUUCUGUUUCUCAUUCCAAGGUUGCUUUUCUGUUGUUUUUCAUUGAGUUGCUCGAUAUGUCAACUUCAUUCGAUAGUGUCUCUUCAAAUGUCAAUGAAUGA